AUGAAACGAUCCUUUUUUGUACCAACUACGUGCGUACCUGCAGACGCGGCAAAAUCUGUUCUGCUUAUUUGUCUGCUGUAUUUGCGAGUUGUGCGCGCCGACUUGGUGGCCGCGUAUGUCGUGGUGGCCGAUUCUCUGAACUACACAUUGUCGGCUCACAGUGAGGGGCGGCAGGUGGCGAGUCAGGACCCUUGGGUGGCGGCGUCGGUGCGAACAGUGAAAUCUGCUGAAAUGGAGAGCGCAGCUACUGGAGCAGCCACCUCCCACAUCGACGUGAGCAUCGCUGGUGACCUGUCCGCUGCCUCCGUCUCCGGGACGCCUCAAGAGAGCCGGGCCCUGGGGAAGCCGAUCAUGGGUCUGCGACUGCACAACCAGACAAGAAGGCCGCGCAUUCUUUCGCAGUCCAGUGGCGGCAGCAACUGGAUCCGAAGAAACAGCGUCCAAUGUAAUCAUACCUUCCAGCCAACUUCCGAGUUCUCACUUAACUUUGAUCCUGCUGAACAGGGAGACAGGCUCUCAAAGGCCUCUUCCUGCGAUGAUCGCACACGCCAGUCCAAUUCUCCCGUUCUUUCGAGCAGUACCUCCUCAGUAUCGCAGAGUUGUCGUAGCGGGGAUAAUUUCACCAGUGUUGGGCUGAAGGAAACGGAAGAGCCCCAGUGGGUGAGAAACUGCAUGAGUCGUUGUGCGGGCGAAGGUAGUGGUGUCGCGCCAUCAUGUACUUCGGCUUUCGUGCAGACGUUUUUGGGCGGUCUUGCUGGGGCAGCACCAUACCAGAGACUGGCAGACUUCGCGCGCUGCGCUCUUUUAGCCUGCGAGCAGCGUGAAGCCGCCUGUGCCCGUCAGGAGGCUGAACUCACCGUGCUGGAGGCUUCGCUUGCCGAGGCAAAGGCUGCGGGCGAUCAGCUCCAGUGUCGACUUGGACAGAUCGAGGCUUCAUGGGGAGCCGCUGCUCGAGCUGCUGAACUUGCCGACAUGGCUCUCGAGACGAGUGGUGUACUUGUGCAUUUGUACUCCUCGGAACUAGCACUCUUUCUGCACAAACAACCCAAUUCGGGUGGACGAUCAAAAUCAGAAAAACUCCACCAUCCACGUUCGUUUGCUCGCCUUUCUCUAUCGGGUUCAACUUUCACAAGCAGCUCCACCUCCUCUACAUCAUCUUCAGCGUCCUCAGAUGAGGAUGAGCAUCAGGGGCUCAACAAAGCUGCACGUUCACCGCUGGUUACUCCAAAUAGUCGCCGAGUCAAUUCAUCAACGAAGUGCACGGUCUGUCAGACUGCACAACCUGCAAUUUCUAGUGACAGUGGCAACAAUGUUUACGCUGUUUACGCGAUCAAUGGCAAGCUCUCGGAUGAGGGCUCAACUAUGCCAUCCUCCUCAUGGAUCCUGCCGCAUACCACGUGCAACGGCCCUGCUUGCAUACGACUUCUCAGGAUGCAGAGAAGCCAAGCAGAGAUGGUAGCAACGAAUCUCCUUGCUCGAUUUUCGUCCAUGCCGGAACCCUUCUUCAAACCUGAGAGUCUUACCUUCACGGCAGCAGAGGACUUCGAUCCCUGCACCGCAAACUGCAAUCGAAGCACUACAGCUGGAACCGAGAGUGGAUUGGGAGUGGAAUCGGGUGGAAGUAGUUCAGGCCUGGGGGUGUGUGGGAUGUACGCCAAUGCUUGGCACACUGUUGGCAGACCGUCAGGAUCCACUGGGCAAUCAUUUAAGUCCUAUGGGGGUUGGCAGACUCCAGACUCAGGUGCUGGCAGCUGCAGCACAAAUGACCAUACGGCCGCCACAGCUCUUGUCACCUCAGCACCACGUCCUAACGCACAUUCUUGCUCAUCUCACUCUUCCAACUCCUCAUCCACGGCGGGAGUAACAUCUUCUGCAGUAUUUGGCGGCGCUGGAGAAUGGAAUAGAGUAAAGGAGUUUAAAUUACGACACAUUUUGGACCAGAUUAUUUGGGAACGGAUGUUAGUAAGGAAUACUAUCGCUGUGGGACCCGGUGACUUCGACGGUGUAUUUUCUGCUGUUCCACAGGGUGGUGAUUAUCACAACACAAAACCCUAUAUGAGAAAUGAGGUAAGUUUAGAACAAUUUGAAAGCAGCAAACAAAUUAGGAGAGAAGGCUACUCCAUUGGGUUUCUUGCAUUCACGUCAAACCGCACUGAGAUGUUUUCUUACUGUGAAGGAAGAGAAAAUGGCAUGGCGACACAGGACUCCAAGGAACCGGUGAUUUCAAGCAGACUGAGUGCUCUCCUUUUGGUGGAUACUGCCGCUCUGCUUCAAGACCUAUGUGCAGUGAGAGAAGACAGGGCGAAGUUGAAAGUGCAGAACUAUAUAAUGGAGAAGGAGUUACGGGCGAUCCAGUUGAGUCUUCAAGGGCACUGCCUCUCGGAGUCAACGUUGCGAUCUCAACUGAAUGUUUUGCAAAUCAAUCGCAAUCUGCAAAUGCCGAAAACUCCAGAGCGCGUAGGAGGACAACAAUCCUUAACACAGCAAAUAGAGAAACUACAGGCGGCAUUCGAAUCUCUUCGAAAAGGGACCGAGCAACAUCAGGCACAAAGUGAGGAGCUCGUCAAUGAUUUGAAGCAAGCGAACGCGGCUCUCAUAACAGCUUUUGAGAAGGCAAAAAAUAAGUAUCUUGCUCGAAUUCGAAAACUUGAGAGCCAAGUAACAACACCGAUGUCCGUGCCAAAGGUGCCCCCAACAAGCGCUCGACCCCCGGUGGUGCCCGCACACAAGGGAGGCCGCCCGCCCCUGCCGCCCGUGUCACCUUCGCCCACUUCGGACGUCUACGAGGUAAUUCAAGAUUCUCAUGUUCCCCCACCCAACGCGUUCAUCCCACCAACCACCUGGUACAGUUUAAAUCAGCGUCAAGAUGCUACCACCAGCAACCCAGCGAACAGUUACUCUAUGGUCAAAACCCCGUCCUUCUACCCAAAGCAUCCCAGACCUGGAGGAUAA